AUGACAUAAAUUCAUGAAUCAGUUUCCGUGUUGAAACUUAGCCUUUAGCAUUCAGAGCCUUAAAGAAGGCAACCACGAUCAUUUGGAUCAUCCACAGUUCAAAAGAAGUUCCAACUUGGUUUAAAGGUGGAUUUAUCAGAGGAUCAGUUAAAAUUCUCUGAGUAAAACUGUUAACAGCAGUUGUAUCACUAACACAAACUCUCACCACAAGACUAAUUCCUCGAUUAAGGCUCAUUCGGAGUAGCAAUGAUGCGAGGAAACAUGAGGAAAACUCAAGAAGAUAGAUUUGUUGCAAAGAAUGGAAUAUUUGGAUAGCAAGAAAAUGGCUUAUUUGCAAUUUUUGACGGUCAUCUAGGCCCAUAAGCCUCAGAAUUUUGCUCCAGCAACUUGGAAAAAACACUUGCUAAAUUUGAGAGUCAGAUGAAUCAAGCAGGUCCUUGCCUCAAGCACACUGAUCAAAAUAGCUACUCAGAUGGAACCACUGCUUUAAUGGCACUUAUCAGACAAAGACACAUAACAAUUGCUCAUCUAGGUGAUUCCUCUGCUUUUUUAAUCAGGAAUAAUUAAGUUAUGGAGUUAACUAGUGAACACACCCCGAGUAGAAUAGAUGAGUAUUUGAGAAUUAUACAGUCUGGUGGAAAGAUUGUUUCUCUCGGACAAUCUGUAAGAGUCGAAGGCGUUUUAGAAGUGACUCGUAGCAUUGGGGACAAGGACCUCAAAAACUGUUUAAUAGCUGAACCCGAAAUUCAUACUAUUGACCUAACUCAUCAAGAUCAAUACAUGAUUCUCGCCUCCGAUGGUAUCUUCAAGACUUUUACUAAGGAAUAAGUUAUCUCAGAAAUAAUGAUUAAAAUCAAUGAAGGGCAUGGACUAGGUUAGAUUGCUGAACUUGUAUCUAGACAGGCUCAUUAAUUAUCUUGCCCUGAUAACACAACUUUACUCAUUGUGGAUCUGAAACAUUAUUUCUAAGUUUAGUAACAAAGUCUAUUAAAUCAAAGUUCACAGAUCCCUCAAUCAAUCGAUUGUAUGGAUUAUGAUCAAUUUGAAAACCUGAAGACUUUGGGAAAAGUUCAGUAAAAUGAGUAAAUUAUUCAAACCAACGAUUCAAUCUUUGAGACUGAGGAUUCUAGUACCGACAACUCAGACAUGUAGGAACAGAUUCCAUUUGCAAAAAUGUUUUAUGGAAACAGUGAAAAGGAGUCAGUAGGAAUAUUCUCUGAAUUGAGAAACCCAUUCAAGAAUGGUUUAAAUUUCAACUUGUCUGGCCAAAAUGAAGCUUAAGAAUAUUAACAGAAGCAAUAGGCUCACUGUGAUCUUUUUAAGAUAACAGACUGGAGUCUGCAUCAAAUGAAGGAUUUCUGA